CCGUGGACCUGACUGGCUGGCGAUGCGGAACGGAUCGGAUCGGUAUACUGCUGAAGGAGACGAAGACAGGAGGAGAAACGGAGAAGAGUAGAGCGAAAAAUGUCUACUGGCCCUUUAAGGAACAUUAAAAUCCAUCGGAGUGUCGUAUCAGCCCCUUGAGAGAAUCCAAUCAGUAGCGUUCCUCCUUCAGUUAGAUAGGGACCAUACCUCAGCGGUAUUGACCCGCUACGCAGUUCACUGUACGGGUAGACACGACAACUUUAGACACACACACAAGUCCAGACGCAUGGGGUAGGAUUAACAACACAGCUAAUCAUGAGAGACAACUGGAUUCUAGUUAUCAUGCAGUUUCUGUUGUUUCCGCUGACAGGUUGGUCCAAUCCCGUCAUCUUCCCCAGCGGACCUCACCUGGUGGUUCCGAAAGGCGGUGCUCUGGAACUCCGCUGCCAUGACAACAACACCAACACUCCAUCCACUGUUGUUUCACGGGGGUUGAGGUGGCAGAGAGAGAGGGGCAGGCGGCUGGAGGGGGAGGUAGAGGAGGGAGGAGGGGUAGUGUUUGUUCGGGUGCAGUCUGCCCAGGGAUAUCACAUGGGACGAUACACCUGUGUCAACAACAACACCAAGGAGCACUCCUCCAUCUACGUCUUUGUGAAAGACCCCCAGAGUCCGUUUCAGCGUUCUAUGGUGAACGGCAUUCUGGUCCGCGUCGGGGAGAACCUGACUUUACCAUGCCUGGUCACCGACCCUGAUGUGACCCCCGUGACCUUACAGACCUGUGACUUACAACCUUUACCCUCCAACCUCCAUUACCACUCCGACCCCCAGCGCGGCGUCAUCAUCGGCAACGCCAGGAAGGAGUACGAGGGUUGCUACGUAUGCUUGGGCGAGCUGGCAGGUGCCACCGUGAGGUCGAGCCAGUAUACUGUGGACGUACGGCUAGUCCCUGAGCAGCCUCCAGUGAUCAGUCUGUCCCAGAGAGAGAGGGUGAUCCUGAGGAGAGGAGAGCAGUUUGAGAUCACCUGCAGCUCCUCCAACCUCAACCCUGACUUCAGCAUUAAGUGGGACUUCCCUGUUGGAGCGCGUGCCUUCCAGGCCCAGACCUCCCACAUCCUGGCUGGUUCCCGUGGUUACCAACGCUCCACCUCCCUCUGGAUCACCUCUGUCAACCAAUCAGACGCCGGGACAUACCGAUGCCACGCCCACAACGAGAGGGGCACCACCACCGAUACCCUGCACCUGGAUGUCUGUGAGCGAGGCUUCAUCAGUAUGCUGGGUGACUCCCGGCCUAGCCAGUCUGCUGUCAGAGAAGGGGAGAGCCUAAGCCUCAGGGUAGAGUUUGAGUCUUAUCCCAGACCAGGCACUCUGUCCUGGACUUACAACGGGAAGACCCUCCACAACACCACGGAGCACGUCAUCACUGAACAACGACACCGAUACAGGUACGCCAGUGAGCUGCGUCUGGUGAGGGUCCAUGGGUCAGAGGGCGGGAUCUAUACCUUCCUAGCCAAUCAUGAGGACGCCUCUGUCAAUCAAUCAUUCCCUGUCUAUGUGAACAGUAAGCCUGUCAUCAUUUCCCAGGAGGGACCAGUUGAUGGACAGGUGCGCUGCGUUGCCGCCGGUUACCCGACCCCUAAAAUCAGCUGGUUCUACUGUGAACUCCCCCACACACGGUGUUCCCACCUGACCAACGCCAGCCAAUGGGAGCAGCGGGAGGUUUCCACGGUAACGGCAUCAGACUCGGCUUUCGGCAGCAGCGAGGUGGAGAGCCGACUGAACGUCACGAAGGGAGACGCACACACACACUACCACACGUUGGAGUGUGUAGCGACCGUGCAGGGCGAGCAGGCUUACACACUGUUCUCCAUCAGCGAGCGCACCGUGCCCCAUAAGCUCUUCACCCCCCUGCUGACUGGUGUGGUUGUUACAGCUGUGAUACUGAGCAUCACACUGGUGGUUCUCCUCUACAAAUACCUUCAGAAGCCCAAGUUCCAGAUUCAGUGGAAGGUGAUUGACAGUAUCCACGGCAACAACUACAUCUACGUCGACCCCACCCAGCUGCCCUACGACGCCAAGUGGGAAUUUCCCAGGCAGAAACUACGCUUUGGUAAGACCCUGGGUUCAGGGGCCUUCGGUAAGGUGGUGAGAGCUACAGCCUAUGGACUCUGUUCUGCUGACUCCGUCAUGACUGUCGCUGUCAAGAUGCUCAAACCGAGCGCCCACUCCACCGAGAAGGAGGCUCUGAUGUCGGAGCUGAAGGUUCUCAGUUACCUUGGCAACCACGUCAACAUCGUCAACCUGCUGGGAGCUUGCACUGUGGGAGGGCCGACGCUGGUGAUCACAGAGUACUGUUGCUAUGGAGAUCUGCUCAACUUUCUGCGUAGGAAGAGAGAGACGUUCUUCAGCGCCCAGGCUGCUGAUGGGUACUACCGCAACAUCAACAACCCCCGAGAACCACAGAGAGAUGGGAACGGUAGCAGUUACAUGCCUAUGCGUCCGUCCUCCCAGUCAGAUGAUAAGGGGUGUCUGAGUAUAGAUGAGUUGUCUGUGGACACAGAGGAUCUACUGAGCUUCUCCUACCAGGUGGCUAAGGGCAUGGAGUACAUCACCUCUAAGAAUUGUAUCCACAGAGACCUAGCAGCCAGGAACAUACUGCUGACUCAGGGUAGAGUAGCCAAGAUCUGUGACUUCGGACUUGCCCGAGACAUCACCACCGACUCCAACUACAUCCUCAGAGGCAAUGCCCGUCUCCCAGUGAAGUGGAUGUCUCCAGAGAGUAUCUUUGACGGUGUUUACACCUUGGAGAGUGAUGUCUGGUCAUACGGUAUCCUGCUCUGGGAAAUAUUCUCUUUAGGCAGCAGUCCAUACCCUGGUAUGCAGGUGGGUUCAGCGUUCUACAGGAUGAUCCAGGAAGGACACAGAAUGAACAGACCUGAUGUGGCUCCCAGAGAAAUUUAUGACAUGAUGUUGUCCUGUUGGAGUGAGGACCCUCUGAAGAGACCUUCCUUCAGGAAAGUAGUCGAGAGGACUGAACUACUCCUGUCAGAACACACCAAGAAUGUGUACCUGAACCUGAGCGAUGGAACUGUUCCUCCAGACCAGCAGAGGGCAGCGUCUCACAGACUGAGUCUCAGUGAGCAGCACUACGGCCCCGACACAACCACUACUGCUGAAUACUGCUGAUGUGUUUCUGGACUACGACACUGUCUGAAUAUUGGACACACUGGACACACGCAUACACACACACACACACAGCACCGCCAAUUUUCUGGACUAUACACACACACACCAACAAACAACAGACAAACAACACACACACACACCAACAAACAACAGACAAACAACACACACACACAACAGACAAACAACAGACAAACAACACACACACACACACUCAGCACCGCCAAUUUUGUGGACGAGGACACUGUCUGAAUAAUGGACACACUGGACACACCCUCUCUUCGUAUUGAUUGGUCUGUGAUGCAUUUCAUGUAGUAUGUAACCAUUAUCUAACCUUUAUGUAACCUUUAUCUAACCUUUAUGUAACUAGGCAAGUCGGUUAAGAACAAAUUCUUAUUUACAAUGACGGCCUACCCCCGGAUGACGCUGGGCCAAUUGUGCGCCUCCAUAUGGGACACAAUACAAUAACCUACACAUUCAUAUACACAAGAAAAUACACAAUACUAAACCCUGAUUGGAUGUCCAGGCCUAAACCCUGAUUGGAUGCCCCAGGCCUAAACCCUGAUUGGAUGCCCCAGGCCUAAACCCUGAUUGGAUGUCCAGGCCUAAACCCUGAUUGGAUGUUCAGGCCUAAACCCUGAUUGGAUGUCCAGGCUAAACCCUGAUUGGAUGCCCCAGGCCUAAACCCUGAUUGGAUGUCCAGGCCUAAACCCUGAUUGGAUGCCCCAGGCCUAAACCCUGAUUGGAUGUUGAGGCCUAAACCCUGAUUGGAUGUCGAGGCCUAAACCCUGAUUGAUGUCCAGGCCUAAACCCUGAUAGGAGGCCCCAGGCCUAAAACCCUGAUUGGAGGCCCCAGGCCUAAAACCCUGAUUGGAUGUCCAGGCCUAAACCCUGAUUGGAUGUCCAGGCCUAAACCCUGAUUGGAUGUCCAGGCCUAAACCCUGAUUGAUUUACAUUCAUUAAAAAAACAGCAAAGUUGUACAUUCACCAAGGAUUCUAGAACUUUAGAUAGACCAGGAAGUCUUGAAGUGGUGCGGUAAUCAUUAAGAUCACUACUAUUCCCCGUCCUUACGCACAAGAGCUGAUUUCCUGAUUCCUGAUUGGGUUUCAGGAUUCUAGAACUUUAGCUAGACCAGGAAGUCUUGAAGUGGUGCGGUAAUCAUUAAGAUCACUACUAUUCCCCUGUCCUUACGCAACAAGAGCUGAUUUCCUGAUUCCUGAUUGGGUUUCAGGAUUCUAGAACUUUAGCUAGACCAGGAGUCUUUAAGUGGUGCGGUAAUCAUUAAGAUCACUACUAUUCCCCGUCCUUACGCAACAAGAGCUGAUUUCCACACUUCAUGGAAUAUAUUUCCUUGAUAACAUGUUAAAUAAAAAAUGGCGGUUAUCGAGCCAACAAUGCUGGGUGUUGCUGCACACUUGAGCAGACUGCGAUCCGAUUGGUCGCCCCCCCCCCCCCCUCUGUAAAUAAGCCUAAAAGAAAAAGCUUUGACUAUCAUUUCUCUGAUCAUUCAGCAAGUUUCCCCUUUAUCAGCAUGAAUAGGCCUAGAAGUUCAAAGAGAUCGCUGAAAAUAAAAAUGGUGAUUUAAUGCAA